GUGCUGCCCGUGUGGAGUUUCCCCCCGGUUUGCAUGCCGUCUCGCUGUACUUCCACGUAUGUCUAAAGCCCGAGGGCGGACCGGGAGCCGUGACUCGAGCUGACCUUAAAUCGGCGGGGUCGCGCGCAGGCAGGACACUCGCCACCGGUCAGGGAGGUUCUGUGCGGGAUCAUGCGCUCGAUUUGGGGUUUGUUUGCGGUGGUGGCCGCGGCCACGUUCUACCUCUACGUGCUGUCGGCUUUUCUGCCGCCCGGGCCGCCUCGCGCGCAACAUCACGACCCCGCAGCGGAACCGGGAGCGCGCGAUGAGCACAGCAGUGCACAUGAAGAGGAGCUCCGGUUACAUUUCCCAUCAGAUCUGGAGGAGCUGCGAGAUCUGGCCGAGCUGCUCAAGUUUUAUAAGCAGCAACACACAGGUUAUGUGUUUGUGCUGUUCUGCAGUGCCUACCUCUACAAGCAGUCCUUCGCCAUUCCUGGGUCCUCUUUCCUGAACAUGCUGGCGGGGGCACUGUUCGGCCCGUGGCAUGGCCUCCUCAUUGCCUGCACUCUCACCACAGUGGGCUCCACAAACUGCUACCUGCUGUCCCGCACGUUCGGCAAACGGCACGUCAUCCGCCUCUUCCCCGAGAAAGUGAUCAUGUUACAGAGGAAGGUGGAGGAAAACAGGAGUAGUCUAUUCUUCUUCCUGCUCUUCCUGCGCUUCUUUCCCAUGACACCCAACUGGUUCUUGAAUGUAACCUCUCCCAUCCUUAACAUCCCCAUCCCCAUGUUCUUCUUUUCUGUCCUUAUUGGUCUGAUCCCCUACAACUUCAUCUGCGUGAGGACAGGAGCCAUUUUAUCCGAGAUCAUGUCACUGGACGACAUCUUCUCUUGGGGAACCCUGCUGCAGCUGCUGCUCAUAGCGUGUGUAGCCCUGCUGCCCGGCGCCGUCAUCCGCCGCUACAGUCAAUCGCACCUCAAACUGGACGGCAUGCAGCCCAACGGCCAGAGCAAACAACUCACAGAGCUCAACCAUCUCAAAACCAGUUGAUCUGCAGUAGAUCAGGGAUCUGCAGGAGCACAGCACUGAACAGGAGGUGAUUUCUAGAAGCACUGCUUUGUUCAGACUAAUGUUGAAGUCCAGUAUUGUCACAACAGUUAUUUUCAUGUAAAUGUUUAGCAAUUUGGAGCAGACUGCAAAACUGCAAAAAAAAAAAAAAACUUACUAUAUAUAAAUCAUAACCAUGGUCCACAUGCAGUACAUACUUAAUAGACCAUGCAUUUACUGCCUACAAAACCCAGCUUAUUAUUUAUAUUUAUUAUAAUAUAAUUAACCUAGUUUAUACAAAAUCUCCAACAGUCAAUAAAAAAACAGCGUAAUUCUACAGGAAAAAACACAUACCUGGCAACCCUGGUUUAAAUGGUAUAUAGAGGAUGACAGGUUUUUAUCCAGCUCCCUGUCUUCGCCCCCAAUAAUCCUGACAGUUCAGCAGUGAACAGUCUUUCAGCACUGAUGGAGAGCGACAAAGCCAGGAACUAAACAGAGAGAAACACAUACUGUUCAUAUACCACACACAACAGUAGCAAUAAAUCGGUGCUUGGACAUAAAACUGAGCUGAUGUUCAAUAAUUACCUCUGGUCACGAGCUGAUUCUGUGUGGAGCUGGGAAAUCAGUAAACUCUGCAGUGCUGUGGUCCAGCAGGACGCAGAAUGUAGGAAAAUUAGUGCAGGGUUUUUAAACUGUGUUUAAUAUCCUUUAAAAUACAUUCUGUGCCAAACAGGAGAUUUAUAAAGUCUUAAACACACACGCACACACUUCGUAGCAAUAUACGUUGUCUCAGAAUCUGAUAAUGUAGCUAUUUUGAGAGGGGUUUUUUUUGUGUGUGUAUGUAGGGUGUGUAUCUGACGUGUGUUUGAUGUGCCUUUGCCCUUGCUGUGCCUUUAAGGGAAUAAAAAUGGCAUUUACACAAUUACCAAUUUUCCCCCGAAUACAGCUGAUCAGACACUUCUGCGGUCUGAUGUGAGAAAACAACAGACAUGUCUUGGCUGAUUCACUACAUUUGGGGAAAAUGGAAAAUAAUGUACAUUUGUGCCAAACUAUUCCUUUAAUCCUUAUAAAAGCCUAUGCAGUGUUGGAAAAAUUGGGUUUGUAAAUUGUCUCAGGUUCUGUAGAAAGUUUACACAUUUGAUAGUACAGUAUUUAUUGUUGGUUUGUAAAAUGAUUUAUUUAUGGCUGCUUGUAUAAUAUUAGAGAAUGUAUUUAGAAAGAAUUCAGUUUGAUUAAGCCUUAAACCGUGUUCUCACUCACGAUCACACUUUGGUCUUUCGUUGUAUUUCUAAAAAAUGUAUAAAGAAAUUUCUAAAGGGUAAAGAUUCAGGAUGACUUCAUUAAUCUGUGAGUAGCAAAGGAGCCAGACUGUACUCACUUUAAUACCCUGAGCAUUAAAUACGCAGAUACUGUACGUGGCUGUGAAGGUAACUGGAAGGUUGUGAGUUCAAAUCCCAGGGUGGUUAAUGAGCUGUUAGUUUUUUGAGUAUCUGUGAAAUGAGUUAAUGUUAUAUAAACGUGCCUUAAUCCACGGAAACCUUUGUGUACUUACGCUAACAGACAGAAUAUAAAAUAUACAUAAUAUAAAUAAACCCAGCAGCGUACAGUUCAUAGAGAUAUUUAUUCUUGCCUUUUUAAUGUGCUUUUUUUUCUUGCCUUUUUAAUGCUGCCUUUUUAGGAAUGUAACAUGGUAUCUCUGCCUCAGUUUCACACAAUAUGCAUGUAUUUUUAUGUAUUUAUUAUUUUUUAGCAUGAUGCACUGUCCCUUUUUUUUUUACAGUUUCACAUUUGCAUUAUGCUUUUGUUGAAUUUAAUGUAUAGGUUUUUUUUGUUGAACUCACUUGUCUUAAAGGAUCUAAAUUUCACUGUCUUAUUUGAUAUUUGAAAAUAAAUCUAGAAAGUGUUAACAAAAUAAUGCUACAGAAGAAAAUAAUCGUAUGUGUAUAUCAUAGUUAUGUGACAGUAUGUAUUAAUGCUACUAAUGCUAAUGUUUUGUUCUGACGAGACGCAAAACCACUUCAGAACAUAAACAUUUUAAACAAAUUAGACAUUUCUCUCAUGUGAUUUUUGUGACAAAUCCUUGAAGGAUAAGACUUGACUAUGAGGUCAUUAAAGAAACACUCUUCAAUUUUUAUCUUUUAGACUACAAAAAUAGUAGCUAACAUAAGGAAUAAAACACGACAAUGCACACUGUUACGGGAAAAUAAUCAACGAUGGAGUGGUGUAAUGCACUACCAUGCUGAAUAUUUUCCUACAGCAUUCCUAAGUUUUUUAUUCCUCUUCAGUAUUGAUAACAAUUACGAUUUGUACAAUUUUUUAGUGAACAUAACAUCGCACUUUUUAACCAUUUAUAGUUUAUUGCUGUAGAACAUCUGUGAAACAAGUUCCUGUUAUCCCUUACGUUAUAGCAGCUAUAAACAGUCACUCCAUCACCAGAAUCUCUUUUCUCUCACUGUUGAGGUUAAUAAGACAAAAAUACGCAGCUUUUUUUUUGGUUACUGAGUUGGGCUGUAGGACUCGGGUCCAGUCUCGAGACGUGUUCUGAAGUGAAUUGGACUUGUCUGAAAUACACUGAUAUUUGUACUUGGGAGUUGUUUUGGUAUUUUUGGUCACUGGUCUCGCUAAAUAUUAUAUUGGUCUCUACUGAGAGUAAAAAUAAUGUAAACAUA